GAGAGAGAGCGAGAGAGCGUGUGUGAAUUUCAACAGUUUGUUUCUUUAGGCUAUGUGCCGUGCUUGAUAAUCGCGCUUACCAAAAGACACCACACCAACAGUAGGUUAGUUGUUAUUUCUGCCCACCGAAUCCAGCUUUCAAGUGUAGACCGGAGACAGGGGGCAGUCGAGGGCUGAUGUGCUUGUGUGAGGAUUCGUUCCAGUGUCAGUCCGCGUCUGUGACAGUCCGAAUAGGAUUUGUGUGCUAUUGGAGCCUAAGAUGGUGGACUGGCACUAACGUAUGACAGAAGAUGCGACGGGGCUCAUGUCUCUUCACGUGGCUGGGGAUUGGCAUGGCGUUCCUCUCUCUGGCCGUCUAUAGUAGGGCCCAGGACGUGGAAGACUGGCAGUAUGAGGCAUGUAAACUGUCCCGGUCAGGCCCUCCAGCUACCAUAGUGACCAUAGAUGAAGAGAGCCCGAAUGGUACAAUUCUGGUGGAGAAUAUGCAGAUCAAUGGGAGAGCAGAGGACCCAGACAGGACCAUCUACCUGAAACUGCUGGACAACUUCAAUUACUGGGUCAUCCUGGAUCCUCUCAGACAAAGACUGUUUCUCAACAGUACUGGACGUGUCCUGGACAGAGAUCCCCCCUCCUCCAUAUCUACUAUUGUGGUGAACGUCGAGUGCACCAAUAGGUUUGUGGGGACAGUAAUUCUCCACGAGGUCCGCAUCGUAGUCAGGGACAAAAAUGACAACACGCCGCAGUUUCAGCAGCCACGCUACUAUAUGUCCAUCAGUGAGCUCACUCCCGUCGGGGCCACUAUAUUCACAGGAUUUAGUGGAAACAACGGGGCUACAGACAUCGAUGAUGGGCCGAACGGACAGAUAGAAUAUGGCAUCCAGUACAACCCCAACGACCCAGUGUCUAAUAAAACUGUGGUCGUGGGGAAUACUCUCUCUGGGGACAUUGUUCUGGCUGAGAGACUCAACUAUGAAGAGAGAACUCGCUACCUGGUGAUUGUUCAAGCCAACGACCGUGCCCCGUUCGCUGCCAACAGGCGGACUGCUACCACCACGCUGACCAUAGAUGUUCUUGACGGCGAUGACCUCGGGCCCAUGUUCCUGCCCUGUUUCCUGGUCAACAACACCAAGGACUGCAACCCUCUCACCUAUCGUGUCACCAUACCAGAGUUGAUACCACCGAUUAAACUGAACCCACUGGAGGUAAUCCCACCUAUAAAAGCAGAGGAUAUGGACCAAAACAUCCAGCCUCCCACUGACAGGCCAAGGAUCCAUUACUUCAUACUGGUUGGUCAGCCCUCAACGUUCCCAGAGUACUUCUCCCUGAACAGGACAACCGCAGAACUCCUUCUCCUAAAACCAGUCAACAGAGACCUACACACCAGAUUUACCCUCAGAAUCAAGGCUGAACAGGACAACGGCCACCCUCUCCCAGCCUUCGCUGACCUGAUCAUAGAUAUUCUGGAUGUGAACAACCAGGCUCCAUACUUUCAGUUCCAGUCUUACCAGGGCUACGUCAGCGAGUCGUCCCCCGUGGGCACCACCAUCUCUGGCAAUUUCAACCUCACUGCUCCCUUAGGCAUUAUGGCCCUAGACAACGACAUUGAAGAGAGCAAAGACCCCAUGUUGACGGUGACUCUGGACGACUUCAGCAGCAUAUUUGCCAUAACCCUAACUGGGAUUACUCGCUACCUCAGACUCCUCAAGCCUGUGGACAGAGAGAUGCAGAUGACCUACACCUUCACAAUGAUAGCUUCAGAUGGAGUACAGCAGAGCACCAGGGUGACUGUCAAUGUGCUGGUGAUUGAUGCCAACGACAACACUCCCACCUUUGGCGAGGUCUCCUACAGCGUCAAGGUGUUUACUGACAUGCAGCCAGGAGAAACAGUACUACAGUUGACAGCAUUGGAUGCUGAUGAGGGGUUGAAUGGUCUGGUGACUUAUGAGAUACUGGCUGGAGCACAGGGUGAUUUCAUCAUCAAUAACCGCACCGGACGAAUCACCAUCACACCUGGCAUAGCCCUUAGCGUGGGACGUUCUUAUGCUCUUACAGUAAAGGCUACGGAUAGUGCACCUGAGGUCCAGAGAAGGAGCUCUAUAACCACGGUGUACAUUGAGGUCCUGCCCCCUAAUAACCAAAGCCCCCCACGCUUCCCUCUACUGACCUACAAUGUAGAGGUCAGCGAGGCAAUGAGGAUAGGAGCCAUUCUGCUUAACCUACAGGCCACAGACAGAGAGAAUGACCCAAUCAUGUACCAGAUAUUGAGUGGGGAUGUGCAGCAAGUCUUCAAUCUCUCUAAAACUAUAGGCCUGCUGCUUUUGGGGAAGCCUCUGGACAGAGAAACCACUGACCAGUACCGUCUCAUUGUCACUGCCUCUGAUGGCAACCCAGGAGGGACCUCCACCACCACAGUGAUUAUAGUGGUGACUGACGUGAAUGAUAACGACCCGAAGUUUGACCCAACCAUGACCAGGAACCUCACUGUUCAGGAGGAGAAGGCCAACGUGUUUGUGGGUCAAGUCAAGGCCACGGAUCCAGAUGCCGGUGCUAACGGUCAGGUGCACUACCGGAUAGUCAAUCACCCGGACCUUUUCACCGUCAACGAGAAUGGCAGCAUCUUCACCGCCGUUCCUCUGGACCGGGAGUUCAGAGGUCAGUACGACCUGGUGGUGGAGGCCUCAGACGGGGCUGUGGAUCCCCGAAGGACUAUGGUCACACUCUCUGUCCAGGUGACCGACAUCGACGACAACAGUCCAGAGUUCUCGCAAAAGACCUACCUGGUCAACGUGCCAGAGAACAGCCCUGUGGGAACUGUGGUGCUGCGCCUCAGUGCGGUGGAUGCAGACUUGUUCUCUAAUGUGACAUACCGAAUCAAGUCUGAAGAGGCCAGCCAGCUUUUCUUGGUGAACCCGAUCACCGGCGAGCUGUCGGUGCUGCAGACCCUGGAUUUUGAGAGCCUAGCUAAUAUGGGCAUGGGGGCAACAUAUACCUUUCUGGUGGAGGCCGUGGACCAGUUAGGGACCAUGCCUCCCGGUCAGGCCACUGUCACUGUUAGGAUCACGGAUAUGAAUGACUUUUCCCCAGUGUUUAGCCAAGUGCUUUAUAAGGGCUUGGUGGCCCCUAACGCAGAAAAAGGAACGGUCAUUACCACUGUUUUUGCCGAGGACCAAGACCCUCCUGGUACUCCAGCCAGUCAGGUGCGCUACAGAGUGGAUGAGGAGAAAUCCCCUUACAGUGGUAGCAUUUUUGAUGUGGAGGAAGAGUCCGGGAGAGUAAUCACCAAAGUCAACCUCAAUGAACAACCCAGCAUCACCUUCAAGCUGGUUGUGAUAGCCUUUGACAAUGGAGAGCCAGUGAAGGAUAACCGGACCCUGGUUGAGAUCACUGUCCUCCAGCCAUCUAGAAUCCCCAUAUUCACUGAGGAGGAGUACAGGUUUGCUCCUGUCAGUGAGUUGGCCCCAGUAGGCAGACCAGUGGGCAGCAUCCUGGCAGCCGCCAUCAACCAAACUAUCUUCUACUCCAUAGUGGGAGGAAAUGAACGCGGUGAUUUCCAAGUGAAUAAUCGGACAGGUGUGAUCUCUACAGCUAAACCGUUGGAUUAUGAAACGGUCACCAGCUACGUGCUGAGGGUACAAGCUGACUCCAUGAUCGUGGUCGUUGCCCAACUACGGGUCCCCUCCAAAACCAACACAGCUAAGGUGUUUAUUGAGGUAAAGGAUGAGAACGACCACCCCCCUGUCUUCACCAGAACCCUUUACAUUGGUGGUGUCGCUGAAGACGCAAAGACCUUCUCUUCUGUUCUAAAGAUAGUGGCUACUGAUGUUGAUACAGGGAACUACAGCGCCAAUGCAUACCGCCUGAUCAUCCCACCUUCAGCAGAUGGUCAGGACAGCUUUGUGAUCGAGCAGUACACAGGCAUCAUCAAGACGGCUAUCAUGUACCGUAACAUGCGUAGGUCCUACUUUAAGUUUGAGGUGAUUGCCACGGACGACUACGGAAAGGGCCUGAGCAGUAGCGCUGGUGUGGUGGUGUCUGUGGUCAACCAGCUAGAUAUGCAGGUGGUGGUGUCCAAUGUCCCACCCACUGUGGUGGAGGAGAAUAAAGAGCAACUUAUUGCUAUUCUGGAGCGAUAUGUCCAGGACCAGAUUCCAGGGGCCAAGGUGGUGGUGGAGUCCAUCGGCCCACGGAGGUUUGGAGAUGGAUUUGACCAGGAGGACUACACCAAAUCAGACCUGAUGGUGUACGCCAUUGACCCACUCACCAACCGGGCCAUCUCACGCCAGGAGCUCUUUAAGUUUCUGGAUGGGAAGCUGCUGGAUAUCAACAAGGAGUUCCAGCCCUAUCUGGGUCAGGGAGGACGCAUCCUGGAGAUCCGCACACCUGACAUCGUGGCGAGCGUGAAGAAAGCCGCUCAGGCCGUGGGCUACACAGAGGGGGCCCUCCUUGCCCUCGCUAUAAUCAUCAUCCUCUGCUGCAUCCCUGCCAUCCUCAUCGUCAUGGUCACCUACAAACAAUUCAAAGAGAGACAGGCUGAAUGUGCCAAAACUGCCAGGAUUCAGCAGGCUCUUCCAGCUGGCAAGUCUGCUGCCCCACGUGCCCCAACCGCCAAUCUAUAUGAAGAACUGGGUGACAGCAGCAUACUGCAGGCUAACAAGUCUGUGAUCAAGGAAUCAGACCACCAGAGUCGCCUUAGCAGCAUCGCCUGUCGCUCCAUCUCUUACCGUGGCAACGGGUCGCUGCAUGGCAACCUGCCUAAGUCAGAGAGCAACGUCACCUUUCUAUCUGACCAUCACCCCCUGACAACAACUAACCCCCUCUACGAUGAGGAAGAUGGGAACUUCAGCAGCCCCUUUGGGACGGGGACAGGUGGCUCUUUCUCCCCCUCCCUCUCUGGAGGGUCUGGGAACGUCUGGACCAUGCCCACACGUCUCCGUGGAGUGUCAGAAGGGUAUGAGUCCUUUAACAGACAGGCUCUGCUGGACCCAGCCCAGUGGGAGCUGCAGCUGCUCCAGGCUGGGAUGAAGGGUCAAGACAGCCUGGAGGGAUAUGACAUCCAAAGUUGUCGCAGCACUGAAGAAACCAAGCUGACAGUCAGGGAGCAGGCCAAGCAGUUUGAACAGCAGGCCAUGCAGGACAGAUCCCCCAGGGAAGGGCGUGACUCCAGGGGCUCUCUGACCACCCCUCCACUCUUGCGGAACCGGGACAGCGUUGACAUGCUGGAGCUGAGUGCAGAGACUCUGUUCUCCAUCAUAGACCGACCCUACAGUCCAAAGUCUAUAGGAAAGGAUAUGCCCCCUCGUAUUUUAAUAACCCAGGGGGGAGAAUCUCCGCUGCUGGCUCAUAGGCCCACCCCGCCUGUCCUAAGGAAGUUUAGCUCCAGCAUAUCCAGCUACAUCACUACGGAACCCUGCGAAAUCACUGUGGAGAUCAUCCCUGACCCACCUAACAACCCACCGCCAUCACCUCCUUCUUCUCCUUCUUUUUCAUCUCCUCUACCUUCUCCUCCACUUGCUCCCCCUCCACAACUGCCUUGUUCUGGUCCUCCUCCUCCUCCUUCUUCUUCUCCUCCUCCUCCUCCUCACCCUUCUUCACCUCCUCCUCCUCCCCCUUCGUCACCUCCUCCUCCCCCUUCGUCACCUCCUCCUCCUCCCCCUUCUUCACCUCCUCCUCCUCCCCCUUCUUCACCUCCUACUCCCCCUCCACCACCGCCCCCACCACUUCCACCUCCGUUCUCUCCCUCUUUUGAACGACCACGUCACACCGUUCAGUUUGUACCAACCUCCCUGCCAUCGUUGUCCUCACUCCGCCCUGUCUCCUCACGCGCCCUUCCCACUCUUCCCCAAACCCAGGAUGGUGUGAAGAGGAAGGAACUGAAGGGGAUCCUAAAAAACCUCCAGAACCUCGCAGACAUUGAAAAGUCUGUUGCUAACCUCUACAGUCAAGUAGACAAGAAUCGCAAGGUACCCCGAUUCGGCAAGAAACCCCAAGCAUCUGAAGAAUCAGAAGGAAAUCAGAGACAAAGUAGAGCUGGAUCCUGUGAGGAACUAGACCAGCCAAUCCUGACCAGCGCUGAACCUAUGGUCCAACCAAACUCAGUCACAAACACGGACUUAUCUGCGCUGGAAACAAGCCAAUCGAACACUAACGGUGUGACCUCAGAGGUCCAGGAGAUCAGUCAAUCAAACCCAGACUCUGUGAUUGAGGACCUGAGCAAUCACUUUCCAUCUCAAACCACAACUUUCUGACUGGCUGUCUUCCCUUUUCUUUAGUUCUAUUUCCUCAUUAAUUAUCUUUCUUCAUCUUUGUCUAAUUUCAUUUACAUGCUAUGUAUUGAAUAUUCUAUUUUUUUUUAAAUAUUUAUAGACAUACGUAAUAUUCCUGUCAUGUUCAAAUCAUAUAGGGUAAAUACGCCAAUUUGGUUAAAAAAAACAGUUGGUUUUGCGCACUUACAAUGCCAUCCACAAAAUGCUUUAUGCAAACCUGCCUUAAAAAAGCCAAUGAUAAUAUAGGUCCCUGAGGCACCACAUGGACACCCAGAGUCUCUGUUAAAGGUGGGGAGCUAAAUUCAGGAGUGUGGAAAACAUCCAGUGUCCAGUGAUCCAACUGGUUGCAUCCAUAACAGUCUUAAGGGAAUGAUGGCUAUCACUGACACGAUCGACCACAGCAGGCCGAAGCAGUCAUGAAAACGGUUUCCCAAUGUCUUGGGCAAUUUUUAAGGGUUGGCUAUUGCAGAGAUUUGUGCGAGUUGCUAGUAUUCAAGUUGUACAUCACCACACACAUAUGAGGUUUAUAGCUUAGAUGUCACAGCUUCCAGUCUAGUCCAGAAUGUGCUGUCAGCUAACAGACGAGACGGUGAAUAAGCAUCACACAAUUUGCGCAUUAUCCAGAGUUACUGCAGGUUUGCCAGUAGGGCUACUCCCUUGGGGAUUCUCCUGAGUCGGUUUGGAGAGUUAUUGUACUGAAUAUUCCCACUGUGAUGUACCAAAAUAAGGGCCAAAAGUAAUUAUUAUGGCUGCGAUACCAUUCCCCUGAAGGAGGAACAUAGGUCAGUCACCAGUCUGGCCCACGUUGUCAGAUUGUUAUGAAAAGUGGUACAAGAUCUGAUAAUUAAAUCGCCCCCUGUCUGAGCCUCAGCACCCUUUGACAAGAUUCCAAAAUUGUCUAGUUUGUUUGCCACCAGCACUCGUCAUCCUUUUGUGAUUAUAUUGGUUAUUCAGUAGAUGGCACUGUUAGUGCCCAAAUCCAUUGUGUUGGACCUUAUUCUGUUCCCCAGAAAAUUGUAGUUGUAACCUCAUUUUUAGAACCUCUCUAAGUGAGGAAUAUUUUUAAAUAGCAUAUCUUAUUAUAUUCCCAUGUUUCAAACACCUUUGCCUUCUCUGUGUCCCCAUCCAUCCUCUUCCAUCACCCCCUGUUCAAUCACAAAUGUUCUGUUACAUUUUUCAAGGCUUAAGAAGUGCAGUGGAUAUAAAAAGUCUACA